AUGUCGGGUGAACAACAUCAUCAUCAUCAUCAUCACGGAGGACAACAGGGUGGCUUUGGAGGUGGACAAGGAGAGUUUGGUGGUGGAAGAGGAGAACAACAGGGUGGCUUUGGAGGUGGACAGGGAGAGUUUGGUGGUGGAAGAGGAGAACAACAGGGUGGCUUUGGAGGUGGACAGGGAGAGUUUGGUGGAGGAGGAGGACAACGGACUGGCUUUGGUGGUGGAGGUAUGGGAGGCGGUUCACAGGGAGGCUGUGGUGGAGGUCAACAGGGAGACUUUGAUGGAAUAGGAAACCAACAACAGGGUGGGUUUGGCGGAGGAGGUAUAGGAGAACGAGAAGGAAAAUUUGGUGGAGAUAUGGGAGGGGGGGAGCGAGGCUUUAGAGGUGGGCGAGAAGGAGACUUUCGUGAACAAGGCAGAGGACAACAACAGCAGGGAGGCUUUGGCGAUAGAGGUGUGGACGGAGGUCGACAAGGAGGUUUUGGUGGCGACGGUAUGGGAGGACGAGAAGAAGAAUUUCGUGAAGGAGGAGGAGCACAAGGAGACUUUGGUGGUGGUGGUGGCAACCAAGGAUAUUAA